GAGAGUACUUAUUUUCUAUCGAGUGCCCUCAACCAUAACGAGUCGGAGCGCCAAAGCGAACAAAUACAAAUCCAAAAAGUUUAUUUAGUCUUUUAAUUUGAAUAUUGUGUCCCUCUGAAAGCUUCGAAGGAGAAGAAACAAGAAGAAGAAGAGGCAAGCUCAUAAAAAAUGGCGGCCACAUCGCCAGCCCUAACGAACAACAACAACAACAACAACAACACCACCACCACCACGGCCACCAACAUGGCGCACCGUACGGACACGCCGCCCAAGACCCUUCGUGGACUCAACAAGCCCAAGUGUCAGAUUUGCGGCAAUGUCGCUCGCUCCAGGUGUCCAUUCAAGUCGUGCAAGAGUUGCUGUUCAAGAGAUCAAAAUCCUUGUCCUAUUCACGUUUUGAAAGCAAAUGCAACUAUUCCGGACAAGGCACCCAAUUCAAGCACUUCUAUGUUUGACCAUCAGGGGACUGAGGCAUCUCCCUCAGGGUCUGUGCAUAGAGUUGCAUCAUUUCGGCAACUUUCCAACACUUUUUCACAGUUUAAUAAUGUGCAUAUACCAAGCCGUUCAAGAAAGCCGUUGACUAGAAAGGAUGCUGCAGUGAUAAAUGAAUGGAGAUUUUCCAAGAUAAAGGAAUUCAAGGACAAAAACUUUGAGGUGGAGAAUGAAGCUUUUGACCGAUACAUGCAGAAUAUUAGUUUACUUGAAGAAGUGUUUUCCAUGAAAUCUAUUCUUGAAAGGUCCAAUGGGGAUGAGCCCACUAUAUCAAACCCUAACCCUACUUCUACGGAGGACAACACUGAAUUGAUGGUAUCAGGGUUGAAGUUGCAGCUAAGAUCAAACUCAAUAAGAACUGAUAGCUUCAGAAGGAGGGUACAACAAAUUGUUGAUCGGGGAUUAAAAAAGCUUCAGAAGCGUGCCCUGGAUGAUGGCAAUAAUGACCAAAGUGGCCAAGAUGAAUCUCAUGGACCAAAAAGGGCAAAAAGUUUGAAGCCAGAAAGGGCUUUGGCUGUGAGUGAUCUCAUUGAUAAGUUGAAUAAAGCCCGGACCGAGGAGGAUUUGAAAUCUUGCAUUGAUAUGAAAUUGCAGAUCUUUAAUCGGAACACAACAUCCAAUCAAACAGAAAUUGAAGAUGCAGCACCAAAGGAUCAGAAUCCUAAAACUGAUCUGGAACCCAGAAAAGAAUCGUCGUUUUCUUCAAAAAAAAUUAUUAGCACAACAGAACUUGAUCAAGAAACUCUUAAUAAGAUUGAUGCGCAUUUCUCUACCCUUGAGCAGAUAGAAGAUUUAUGAUUUGUGGAGGAAAUUUCCAAUUGGAAAUAGACUUAAGAUUAGCUUUACUUAUGAGAGCUGAUUAUUAAAUACUGUACUAUGAUGUAAUAUAGCGACUUUUUCCUAAUUUUAAUCCUCCGUUGCCCAU